UUUUCCUUUAAAUCCUUUGUCCAAGGUUGAACAAAGACUCUAUUUAACAAUAAUAUAACUUAUUUUUUAAUUUAAUUUUAUUAAAUUUUGUUAUAUUAGUUAAGCAUUGUCCACCUUGAACCCAGUCCAAAAAAAGCUUUAUCACCUAGCUCUAAACCUAUCCCAUAAUGAGUCAUUAUCAACCUGACUUGUCUUUAAUAGCUAUUCAUUGAUCCUUAAGUUUUAAACCGUCUUCUUAACCAAAUGAUUGAUAUAACUGUACAAAAUGUGUGAUUUGUUUCUAUCUCGUUCGAGCUAACGACAUUUCGACUGAAAAAUUUACAAUUCUAGUUCAUUUUUUUGAUUUUAAUUAAAUCUCUUAAAACAAAAAUCUAAAAGUCAUUUGUCAAAGCCUUUCAAUCAUUUUAAAAACUUUAAAAUGCGUAAUUGUUAUGUAAUCUAUUCUUCAUGCCAGUGAUAUCAUCUAGUGUUAAGUAUUACAUUUGUCAUCCACAAAAUUAACAAACAGGACAAAAACGCUUUAAUUAAUAAACAAUCAAAAAUGCGUUUUUUCAUUAAUGGGAGUUUAUCCUGUUUAUUACCCGCCAUAAGCUAAGUGCCAUCUGCAGGGUCAUUAGGCAGUUCAAACUGGCGGCAAUGAUGUGAUGCUAGAAAUGGUAAUUUUUUUCUUGGUUAACUUCAAUUGUUUAUUGACUUUCAACAAUAAAAUCAUGGCUGGUGACAAAAUUAGACUAAACUUCAGUGGAAAAAGAGUUGAAAGGUUUGGACAAGACCGCAAGGUAAAGGUAAAGAUUAAAGAAAAAGGUUUAGAAAAUGAAUGGAAGAUGAGACAUGGGGCUAACAAUGUAAACAGUGAAAAGGUCAACAAUAGCCGACAAUGAAACUGUGAGGCUGAUUUUAAACAAUUUAUUGAUAGAAAUGUAAAGAUAAUUAGAUAAAUUAUAAGUGAGUGAAAUGAUAAUUGAGAGAGAUAAAGUGAGUGUUAUCUGAAACGAAGGAGAAGAGUGAAAAAUUGAGAGAGUUGUUUUUUCAGUUUAGUUGAGAUAGUUUCAUGUUGAUUUAAAAGUUGUUUCAAUAUUUUCACUUGCAAUUUCACACUCACACCAUACACUGGAUCUAAAUUAGUGAAAAUUCAUGGAUUACAUAAGUGUUCUGUCAACCGAGUAGCCAAACAUUUCACUUUUGAUGGUUUCCCCAUGAGAUUGUGUUACUUUUGAGACACAAACAACACUCAAAGACGUUAACACUUGACGGUUAGAGUGGUCCACAAAGACAAUUAAAGUUCAUCUUAAUUACUCUGAUACACAAUUGAAAGAUGACACUGGAUAUAUCAAGUUUUGUUCAACAAAUUUUCCACUUUCUCUAUCAUGUUAUCUACAGAGAUUUAUGGGGCUGUUAUACUUUGUUAACCGUUAAAGCCAAGUUACUCUGGUAUUCAAUCAAUAACCUGACGAUAGGGGACUUUUUGGACAAACAGGCGUCCAUUAGGCCUAAUAAGACUGUAUACAUUGAUGGAGAUCGUCAUUGGACUUAUCGACAAUUUAACCAAUACACUAAUCAAGUGGCCAAUUAUUUCCAUAAAGAGGGUUACAAGCCUGGCGAUGAGAUUGCCUUGAUAAUGGAGUCAAGACCAGAGUAUAUUGCCAUUUGGAUUGGAUUGUCCAAGAUUGGUGUAGUCACAGCUUUGGUCAAUCCUAAUUUAAGGUCACAUUCACUGGCCCAUUCAAUAAAUAUCCUUAAUAUUAAAGCAAUUAUUUAUGAUGGAAAUUUAAGUGACGCAAUUAAAGGUUCACUUCCAUUAAUUGAAAAUGGAAAUGAUAAAAUGUUGUAUGUUUUUGGUGAACACAUCGGAAAUGGAAUCAAACCUAUACAACUUGAACCUCUCAUUGCCGAGUCAACUUCACAUUGUGUUUUGUCAGGCCACAGACCAGGCACUAAAGAUCCUUGCUUUUACGCUUAUACUUCUGGUACAACUGGACUUCCUAAGGCUGCCGUUAUCAAGCAUCUGAGAGUCUUCUAUGCCGCUGUCGGUGUUUGGGUUGCCGCUGGGGUCAGAUCUAGAGAUAUCCUUUAUGUUCCUUUACCUCUCUACCAUAUGAUCGGAGUUCUUGGUGCCACUUUGCCCAUAUUCACUGGAAGUACAUCGGUGAUUAGACACAAAUUUUCAGCCUCAAAAUACUGGGAAGAUUUUAAUCGAAACAAAUGCACCGUUGGUCUCUAUAUUGGGGAACUUUGUAGAUUUUUACUCGCUCAACCUCCUAAGCCCACUGAUGGUCAACGACAAGUUAGAUUAGUUAUAUCAACUGGUUUGAGAGGUGCUAUCUGGUCUGAGUUCGUUAAUCGAUUCAACAUCAAACGUGUUGUUGAAUUUUAUGGCUCAACCGAGGGUAGCUCAUCUUUAAUAAACAUUACUGGUAAACCUGGUGCAAUUGGAUUUUUGACCAUGAUUAUUCCAGAUUUUAUUGUCAAAAUAUUUUACCCUUUAACCAUAAUUAAAGUGGACGUUGAAACUGGUGAACCUAUUCGAGGCUCAGAUGGACUGUGUCAAAGUGUGGGUUCGGGUGAUGUCGGUAUGAUAAUUGCUAAAAUUAAAGAAAACGACAGUUUAUAUGGAUUCGAUGGUUAUGUCGAUCAAGAAGCUACCCGGAAAAAGAUUUUACCGAAUGUUUUGACCCAUGGAGAUUAUUAUUUUGUUAGCGGCGAUUUAGUGACCAUUGAUAAAUAUGGUUAUAUAUAUUUUAAAGACAGGAUUGGUGAUACUUAUCGUUGGAGAGGAGAAAAUGUUGCCACCAAUGAGAUUGAAGCAAUGAUUGCCCGAUUCUGUGACCAUUCAGAUGCCGCAGUAUUUGGUGUUGAAGUACCCGGCGAGGAGGGUAAAGUUGGAAUGGCAGCAAUUGUUGAUCCAUCAAUAUCCCUUGAUCUAGUCAAUCUACUCAAAUAUCUUCGACAAUCUUUGCCAAAUUAUGCUUUACCUCAUUUUAUUCGUCUCCUUAAAGAACUACAAUAUACUGGAACAAGUAAAAUAUCCAAAUCUGACCUUAAACGUGAAGGUUUCAACGUGAAUGCGGUUAAAGAUCCCAUCUAUUACUUAGACACCAAAUCCAUGUCUUACAAACUUCUUGAUAAAGACACAUAUGAAGAUAUUGUCAAUGCUCAUUUCAGAUUUUAGCCAUAUUUCCCGUAAUAAACUUUGCUACUUGAAACACUUUUUUAAAUCCAUGAUUUUUUUGCGCAAUCCUCAUCGCCUUUUUCGUACGCCAUCAUCAUCAACAAAAUUUCACCCUUCAUCAUUUCUGCAUAUGAUUUGACACAAGGAACUCUAUGAUUCCUCAAGUCUUAUCGCUAUCAUCCAUGACUCAAGCAUUCAUGCUAAAAUUUCAAAUAGUCAUGCUAUUUUUACAAUGAUUCCUAAUUAUUUUAUUUUAAUUAUGCAUUGUAUUUUGAUAUGAGGUGCUAUUUGUAUCCUUGUUUUUUUUGUUAUAGAUCUGAACAUUUUUUACAAUAAAUUAUUGAAUUUUCAUUCUAAAAA